AGGUUUAACCGGGUUUCCAGUAGGGGGCAGUAAUGUUCCUGUCAUAAUCAACAGAAAGCAUCAAAUAACAGAUAAAGUAAAAGUGAAUGCAGUGAUACUGUGAGUCACAGCAGGUCCACUACCUAACUGAGGUGUUCAGUUGUUUACAGGAGAAACAGAGAGACUGGUGUGAGGAGAUCUGAUCUGUCCAAGACACGUUCACUGACAAAGCAGGAUGUUUCACAGCUGCUGUUGGGAAAAUGUGCAGAGACUGUUCUUCAAAACUUCUCUCCUUUCUACUCACGUCUUGGUUUGCUAACUGUGCAGUUCCUCAGAAUAUAUCUGCUAGAGAGGGAUUCACUGUUGUCCUGCCAUGUAAAUUUAAGGUCAUGUCUCUCCAGAGACUGUAUGUCGGGUGGCGCACGGAUCAAAAGGUGGUGUUUAUGCGUCUGGAUAACGACUCGUAUCAGGGGGAGGGAUACGAGGGUCGUGUGGACGUUCCUGAGGAUGAGCUGCGUAAAGGGAACUGCUCUCUGGUGAUGAAGAACAUCAGUGUUACUGAUGCAGGAAUCUACAGGAGCUACCUGAAGAGGUUCACUCAGAGUGUAGAACUCUCAGUCGAUGAAACCCCAGAAAAGCCAUCUGUCUCAGGUGACGCAGGAGUGAACUCUCCUCAUCCGCUGGUCAUCAUCACAUCACUGCUCACCUUUUUACUCUUUCACGCCUGGAGCAAGGAGUUAAAGUCAUCACAGCCUCCUAUGUAGUGAAGACUCAGAUAUACACUGUAAAAAACACCGUAAACUUUUCACCUGGAGGAAAAUUCACCUUUCUGUUAAAAAGUCGCUGAUUUAGAUAUCAGAGGAAAAAUCAGUGAAUUAAUUCUGAUCCUGAAACAAAUGUAAAAGUUUGGAAUUGGAAUUAGAUUUUUAGAUGCUGUAAAUGUUUACAUCUGUUUCUUUAGUUUAUUCAUAUUGGAUAGAUUCCUUUGGCUUUAUUAUGUGUAAAGUUUAUACUAUUUACUGGUGUCAUGUUUCUAGAUUUUUAUUGAUUCCAGUAUUUUUUAAUAAACAUUUUAGCUUACACAUUAGCUUAGAACUUUUUAUGAAAAAACAAAAAAAUAAACAGUACAGAAUUUUUUCUGCUCCUCAAGGUUUCAGUAAUGUUAUAAAAAAGAUUAAAAGUUGUUUUGUGCCAAAUCUAAUAGAUAUAAACCCACAUGUGAAAGGAAAAAUCACUGUAAUGUCCUCUGGCCAGAUGUGUAACUCUGACUCAGUUUCCAGCACUGAAAGGGAAAUGUUGCUGAUUUUUUUUUAGUAUUUUUAUAAUAAUAAUAAUAAUAAUAAUAAUUAUUAUUAUUAUAAUUAUUAUGUUUUAUGUUCUACUUAAAAAAAGAGAAAGAAUUAGAUGUUUUUGUAUUUUUUUCAACAUUUAGAACUUUUGUUUGCAAAAGGAAAAAAAAGAAAAAAAGAAAACCUUCAGACCGUCACUGUGUCAUUCACAACAGGUUCCUUUGAGGAAAUACAGGCUUUAUGAGCAUGAUGUUAUAUAUUGAGCAGAAUCUUCCAUAAUGUGAAGUUAAUGGAGUUACUUGUAGCUUUUUUUUUGUAGAAGCGCUCCACAUUUCUUACACUGUAGUUAUGUGAAAAAUCUGUGUAAAGAUCUGUUAUUUUUAUUAAAGAAAAUAUAUCAUUUUAAA